AAAACCUGUGCUUCUUCUCAGUCGCUUCCCCAGUCCCCUCCACUUCCUCGAACUCCCGGCUCCUCCAUUGAUGAGCUCCCGCAGACGGCGGAGAUCUUCUUCUUCCGCUGCAUCGUCGUUCUGGUCCGGAGCCUCUUCCCGCCUUCACAGCUCGCAGGGAUUGACGAGAGAAAUCGAAAGGACGAAUUGCGAAUUCGACUAGAAAGGGGAGUGGGAGGAAAUAGCUCCGGAGAGAACACGUUUCGCCGAUUGAUUGAUUGCUUGCUGAGCGAUGGAGCAAGGAGAGACGGUUUCGGAUUUCGCGCCGAGGAAAUUAGCGCGGCAGCUUGAUUUCACGGCCGUCUGUAGAGCGGCGGAGCAUGGCUCUCACCUGCUUCAGCAACAGUCGGAUUCGAUGCUGCAGCUGCAUUUGCAGUUACAAACACCACAGCCGAAGUCGAAGCCGCAGCCGCAGUCGCAGUCGCGAGAGCUCGCCGCAGCGGGAUUGGAAUUACAUUUGAAUCUGAGGCCGCCGCCGCCGCCAAAGCAGUUACUGCAAUCGCGGCCACCACCACAGCCUCAAGCGCAGGUAACGCCGCAUUUGCAAGCGAGGCUUCAGCAAGUACCGGCCGCGGCGAUGUAUCGGAUCCCUCAUCCUGUACAUAAACUGCCACUGCCUGCGUUGCCAGGCAAGAAGCAAGAAUCUCCUAUCAGUCGCCAUUAUCAAAAAAAGAAGCAAGAAUCUCCUAGACCACGUCCAAGGGUUGACACUGAGGCAAAAGAGGUCAAUGUUACUCCUAACAAGCCUAAGCAGUGUAAUUGCAAGAAUUCUCGGUGCUUGAAGCUGUAUUGUGAAUGCUUUGCUGCUGGGCUGUAUUGCAAGGACUGCAACUGUGUAAAUUGUUACAAUAAUUUGGAACAUGAGGGUGCUAGGCAAGAAGCUAUUGGGCUAACCUUGGAGCGCAAUCCAAAUGCUUUUAGACCAAAGAUAGCUAGCAGCCCUCAAGGGUCUAAGGCUAGUGGGAAUGCAGGAGAGGUUCAAAUGAUUGGGAAGCAUAACAAAGGAUGCCACUGCAAGAAAUCGGGUUGUCUAAAAAAGUAUUGCGAGUGCUUCCAAGCAAAUAUUUUGUGCUCAGAAAACUGCAAGUGCAUGGACUGCAAAAAUUUCGAAGGAAGUGAAGUAAAAAAGGCUAUCCUUUGUGGGAAUUCUAGUCCCAACAUUUAUGCUCAUCAAGCAGCAAAUGCUCCCAUCAACGGAGCCGUUGGAUCUUCAUGCUAUGGGACUGCAUUUCUAUCCAAGAAAAGAAAGAGUGAUGACAUGUUGAGUUUCAGUUUGAAGUUCCAGCAGGAAACACACCUGUACAGUUCCUCUCCAUUGCCUGACCAGAGAUUCCAUACUUCCAGUCCUGCUCCGUUGAGAUCUUCAAAAUUGAAAUACAGGUCCCCAUUGGCUGGCAUAAUCCAACCGCACCAUGUUAAGGAGCUGUGCUCGGUCUUGGUCGUACUUUCAAGGGAAGCUGGGAAGGAACUAUCAGAUAGGAAAGGCAAGAUGGAUGGAGUGCCCGAAGCAAUGAGGAGUGGCGAUUCUUCUGCUCCACCCAUUCAAGAGAGGCAGCAAAACGAUUGCUUCGAGCAGACUGCAACCGAAAGAGAGGAAACUGCGGAUUCUAGGGCAGACAUGGAAAAUGGAAGACCGUCUUCUCCUGAGAUCGAGUCAUCCAUUUGCGAAGUUAAACCCACCAAGCUGGAACAACCAUCAUCAACUAACCCUCCUGAUUUCUCUGAGGUCUACGCCGAGCAGGAAAGGCUCGUAUUGACCGGUUUCCGAGACUUCCUGACCAGACUCAUAAGUUGUGGAAGCAUAAAAGAACAAAUGUGUUCUCCGCCAGCCAAAGGUAAAGUGGGGAACCAACAACAGCAUGAAGUACAUGGUACAGGAAUUCAUUACAGUCCUUCGUAUACAAAUGGCAUCAUCAUGUCUCCAGUAUCGAGGGCUUCUCCAGCGAAUAACGAUCGACCACAAGUGAUCUCUGCUGCACCAUCUCCCAUCAACGGUAGGGUACAAACUCCCAACAGCAAGAACUGAGUUUUUGGGUGCACUCCAUUCCAUGGCAGGAUAUAAGCUUCCCACCAGCUACAGAUGAUGCAAGUAGCUCUCACUACAUAGAGUGAGAAGAAAAAGGUAAAGAGAAGCAGCUAAUCAACAGGAACUAAUAGCUCAUUUUUACAGAUCAUUCUUUCACAUUCAUGUCACCAUGCUCGGUGACGUUAAAUUGACUUCAUUGAGCU